ACUCAUAUUUCAUUUCCAUCGCGUAAAACCCCGCUUUAUCCCUUCUCUCAUUCAUUUUCAUUCAGAACAAACAUCAAACACCAUGAGCUCACUUCCAAACAACAACAACUCUUCUUCCGCCACCGCCACCGCCGCAACAACCACCACCCUCGACAACUUUUUCCUCGAAACCCUAAUGGACAGACUUCAACUACGUGGUCCAGACAACAACCUCGCUAAAUCCUACGAGGAUUUCCUUUUCAGCGAUGAAGAAGAUGAAUUCCACGAAGACGAAGAUGACCAACCCCGUGCUUACCAAGAUGGAAAACAAGCAAUCUACAAAGAAGAAUCUAAGCUUGAAGCUGAAAUCAUCAAAUUGAUCCUCACUGGAAAAGGGGAUACUCUCAAACCAAAUUCCGGUGAAGCAAUUUCGCUUCGCGAAAGCAAUAUUUGUGUUGGGUGUCAUGAGGAAGAAGAAGGAGAGUAUAUUGUGUGGGAAUGGCAUGGACAUAUUAUGGGGUAUACUGAUGAACAUGGAUUUGCUCCUGAGUAUAUUUAUGGGAAUUACUUUCAGAGGAUUGUGCCCGUGGAGCGUUCUGUUGCUGCACCAGUUGAAGAAGAUGCAGUGAAUAAGGGUUUGAAGGAUUUGAUUGAUGAUGUUGCUGUUAGUACCAACCCUGGUAGGAUUCUUCAUCGCAAUCUCAAUGCUGGGUGUAUUAAUACCAGGUUCUAAGAAUUUCGUCAUUGGAAUUUCAUAAGAGGGUUGCAGGCAGAGGUUGAAGCCAUCAUCUCAUUCCCUUUGAGAAGCAAAGAUUGUUUUCCAUUUUCACUGUGCAAAUCUCAAGAUUAAGCUUGCAUUUGUAUGUCUAUUUGAGCUUUAAAAUCAUACUUGUAAAGGAUGUGAGACAUGGUUGUGUAUUUUUGGAUACAACCAGACAUGGUUUUUCAAUAAUUCACUAUCUUUGCUUGGCGAAUUGAUAAUAAUAUAAUAACAUUUUUAUAUUUGGUCCA